AUGGGAAUCGUAGCAUUCAACUGGGCAGAGGGAAAUAACAACCAACUGAUGCUGCUGAUGAACAGAGACAAUUGGGAAAACAGGGUCAUACGUGGGGCAUCUUGGAAUGCAAAUGGCCACAUAUUGAGUGGUCGGUGCGAAGAUAACGGCGGAACGUGGUUUGGUAUUUCUAGAGGAGGCCGAGUCGCUUUUCUCGUGGGUUCAUCGUUGGGUUUAGACUACAUUGAACCAGACACAGGCUCUGAGUUGUACCCAAUUGAAUUCUUGGAGAGCAAUAUGAGUCUAGAGGAUUUUCCUCUCCACGUGGCACAGCGUGAAGCGCAAAGACAUAAUAAUGGAGAACUGGAUCCGUCUGAAGGGUGGUCCUAUAGCCUUAUAGUCGCAGAUAUGACAUUGAAUUCAAUGGUUCAUAUCUGGAAAACCUUUCAAGAUGAUCCGGAUAUCAUCGUAAACCCCGUUCCGUUUGGUGUGCAUACAAUUUCUCCUUACUUUGGUCUCGAUUCAGAAGCUUCCAGGGAUUUACGCCUGAGAGGCUUGUUUAAUGAGAUGAUUGAUGACUUGGGAAACAAUCAACUACCACCGCUUGCGGAGAUUGCUGGGAGGUUUAUGUAUAAUGCUGAGGGAGAUCAAGAAGACGGCGAUGCAGUGUUUCUCGAAGCUAUGACUGUUCAUCCUAAUGAACAACUUGGACGGCAACGUUUAGGAACAACAAGUACGACAGCAUUGGUGGUGGAACGCACUGGGAGAGCAAGGGUCUUUGAGAGUGAUAUUCUCGAGGAUUACCGUCUUGUUGUAAAACAAGAUGCAGUUAGUGCUUUUGCUGGUAUUGUAGCCUUUGAUGUAGAAAUCUACGAGGUACAGCUAAAGGUCUUGAAGUCCUGA